AUGAGUGAUAGGGAGGUUAAAACAGUAUGUGUCACCUCUGGUGCUACUGUACCUUUUCCUAAAUUAAUUGAUAUCAUUGUGUCUGUUGAAACACUUUCUAAGCUAAACUUGUAUGGUUACUCUCGGUUACUUUUACAGUAUGGUCGUGACUAUAGCGAAGAAUAUAUGAAGAUGUUAGACAACUUGGGACGUGAGCAGCGAAUAGGUUGCAGUAUACCAGAUAUUGAUGAAAGUGAAUGUAUUGUAUUUGACUACGAAGGAUUAGAGGUUAUAGGGGUUGAAUUCCAUCCGCGGCUCGAUGUUAUAAUUAAAAAAUACGCUGACUUAGUUAUAUCGCAUGCUGGAACUGGAAGUAUACUGGAUGCACUCAGAAGUGGAAAGAGGCUGAUUGCGUGUGUAAAUGAUUCGUUAAUGGACAAUCAUCAGGAGCAAAUAGCUAGGAAGUUCGAAGAGGCCAGGAAUUUGUGGGCGAUAUAUCCAAAACAGAAAGAAUUGCUGCAAGCACUCGAGAAAAGCGAAGUAGAGACAUUGAAACCACUACCACCAUCGUACAAGAAGGGUUUUGCAGAUUUGUUGACCUCUAUGAUGUAUAGUUAA